GGCAGCAGGUCGCGCGGCGGUUCGGGCCCUGGGAGCUGGGGGUUCUGCCGCUCGCAGCGCUACGGCUCGUUUCUCGUUCCGUUGUGCUUUUGAGGGCGGCUGCGUGCAGGCGGAGUGCUGCAGGCACGGGACGGGUAGCUGCGGGGAUCCGGCACGCAGCGCAAAGUGCAGCACACGUGGAACAGCGUCGGCUGAGCGAGCAGCGGCUUGUAUGUUGUUGUCGGUUGUUUUGCCCUGGAUGAACGAAAAAAGCGCUUCAGAGACAGAACAGCAGGCACGGGGCUUCUCAGAAGGCCCUGUGAUGGAUGCCUUGUGAGAAAAGCUGGAGACCCGCUUCUCUGUCGGACAGCUGGUGGCAGAGCUUUUCGUACGGGCUGCUUCUCCGUUACGGUGAUUUUCAGCCUGUAGAUAAACUGGCGUUCUGUGGAUGAAAAGCACUUUGGAAAUUUCUUGCCAAGCAAAGAAGUAAACUGGGGGAAGUGGCUCCUCGCUGUAUCUUUGCAGCUUUUGUUGUUGUUGAAUUGGUGCUCUGGUUCUUCACAAUGGGAAAUUGCAACUCUCUGCGUGUUCAAUGUUGUUCAGUGUGUGCUGGGUACUGUGGUGCAGGUGGAGCUACACAAGCUGCCCUCAGAAAGCUCCUUCAGAUACUGGAAGCAUCUGAGCUCAUGAAGGCUGCAGGUAAAGUGAAUGGCAUGUGGGAGCUGUGCACUCCAGCCACUGACCUUGCUGUUGACUCCUACUUCUGUGUUUCUGCGAGAGCUCUUGGGCAUGUUGUUUUUAUUCCGCUUGUGUUUUCCGUCCCUAUGUUCUGAUUCACAGAGACCUGAUGCUUGUAUGGUGUUAGAGAAGACAGGGAGGUCUUGGAUUCGGUACUUACUGAGGUUUCAUCUCCUGCUACUGGAGGAGCUUGUGAGCAGAACAAUUACAUGGGAUCAUAUUCUACAAUUCUAAUUGUAUCAAGAAUGAUCUGCCUUCUUAUUUCAUGGUGGUUUUUUUUCUUUCUUUCUGUUGCCAUUUGCCGUUAAUGAUAUCUCUUUUAUGCUUUUACUGUAGACUUGUUAUACUUUUCACGGAUGAGUUGGGCCAUAUUUCCCACUGGAGAGCUAUCAUAGCAGGAAGUUUGGCUGGCAUGGUUGCAACUGUUGUGACUUACCCUACCGAUGUAAUUAAAACCCGGCUUAUUGUGCAGAACCGACUGGAGCCAUCUUAUGAAGGAAUUCUUCAUGCUUUUUACAAAAUUUAUCACCAAGAAGGACUUCUUGCACUUUAUCGUGGUGUAACGCCAGCUAUAUUAGGUGCCGUCCCAUUUUCCAUGGGCUCAUUCUUUGUUUACAUCAAUCUGGACAGAAUCUGGCGAGAACCCGUAGUUUGUUUUACUCCCCUUCAGAACUUCAUAAAUGGCUGUGUAGCAGCUGCUGUGGCACAGACGCUUUCUUUCCCCUUUGAGACUGUCAAGAGGAAAAUGCAGGUACAAAACGCUGAUGCGCAGAGUCCGUGGCUCCCUCACUGUGGCAUGGUGGAUGUCCAUUUCACAGGCAUGGCUGACUGCUUCCGGCAAACCGUGAAGAACAAAGGUGUGCUCGGGCUUUGGAGCGGCCUCACACCCAGCCUGCUCAAGAUUGUUCCAUACUUUGGUGUUAUGUUUAGCACCUUUGAAUUCUGCAAGCGGGUCUGUCUGUACAGAAAUGGUUAUAUUGAAUCUCCUUUGAGUUACAAGCUGACUCCUGGGGUGGAUCAGAGUUUGCUGCCUCAAGAACUGAGAGAAUUAAAGCGCCUCCGAAGAGAAAACUUCGAGCCAAGGAAAUCAGCUCUUGAAAACUGACAGGAGAGCAUCCAUUGGAGAAGCCUUUUCUUCAGAAACUUUGCAAGAAAGACAUGCUGAACUGCAGGUACCAGCAUCUCAGCAAGGUGCAUGGCUGUAGUGCUGAGACUACAGGAUGCAGGGGAUGAAUAAACCUCUUAUCUCAUUUGCUGAAUGGAUGCACACAAUAAAAGUAAUAAGCAUACACCAAGGAGGAGAGAUGCAACUCGUCUGAACAUACGGUAUGCUAUUGCAGCUUGAACUGACGCUAUUCUAGGUGCUUCUCAGUGCUGGAUAGCCACUUUAAGAUAAACCACUUGGAGAGAAUGAAAACUGAGACAAGUACAGAUUGCAUCUUCAAAACAUUAAGAAAGUUCAGAUUGGAUUUUUUUAAAGUACCCUGUGAUAAGAAGUCAUCAAAAAAUGGUAAGCAGACUAGAUAGACAAAUGCAAGCAAUUCUACUGAAAUCUCCUCUUUAGUGAUAACGGGUGGAUGUGGCAUUCUGCAGAUGCAGAAUUAUCCUCAGCUCAUUCACACUCCAGAAUCCACUCUUCCAUUUUUGAGACUUCCUUAAGAAUAAUGAUUUUGUACAUGUCUUUGGCACAGCAGUAAAAAUAAGCUGCUGCAAUUGUGUUUUUGCUAAUAGACUGUAACACACUGGAAUGACAAUCUUUUAAACGUAGGUGCUUACUGGGAAUCUUUUUCCCUUUCUCCUGUGUACGUGAGUUAUUUCAGGCUUAGGAAAAAAGUUUUCCUGAAAAUUUCUAACUAAAAUAUCUUCUGAAAAAUGCAGACCUUAAGUGUGUAAGCUAUUUCAGAGCCACGAGCCUUACGAUGUUUCUCAGUAUUCUCAAAGUUCUAUUUUUAUGCUAAACUACUUCUCAGUCCUUGUGCACAGACCCUUGUGCUGCUCAGAACUUGCCUGCAGCAGAGCACCAUGCACACGUCCUCUCAUUUUCCCUCUUGAACUUCUGCAGUCCGGGAUCCGCAGCACUUCUUUAGGUUGGAAGCUCAGCACAACCACCAGGUUCUCACUGGUGCCACUGCCCUCUCACCAGGCUCUUUCAAGCAAUGUAAUACCAUUAUGUGAGAUAACUUUAACACCUGCUUUGCCCCUGGCUCUGAUUGUUGACGUACCCCACAGCUGAGGUCUUGUGGUAUCUCCAGCAAUGGACUCGCUGUGUACUGCUGUGAUGGUUGGUUUUCUUCUCAGAGAGAAGCACGGGUGUUGAUAGCAAAACUCAGUAUGGUAGGGAGCAGUCCUUGUGGCUUGUGAGCAAGAUGGAGGCUGUAAGUAUUCCUGGCUCUCAUCAGUCUGCCUAGUGAAGGUGUUCCUCUGUGCCUCAGUUUCCCCAUCUGCAGUGUCAUAACAAUACUGAUGUUUAUUUGAUGUGUGUGAGUAAGGAAACGUGACUUGUGAGCAAGUUGGGGAAGCACUGAUUUCUGAACAAUGCUCUUAUCUGUUCAAAGCAUAGUACUCGGAUUUUUUGGUGUGUUUUUUUUUUAACUGAUGUUGUAUUUCUAAAUAGAUGUUAAAGAUUGAAUGAUGCAUAUAAA